UUCGGCUUCUGUUUGAACUUGAAGUUUACGCUCUCAACUUGACUACCUUCUUCAUCUCUCUCAUCUACUCCUUGCUCCAUCUACCUUACCCUCUCCUCUGCCUCUUGAAUGUCUUCAAAUAUCCCGGUUCGCCGAACCACCCGAGGAACUAAAGUGACCAAGGAUAGCGAGAAUGCCAAUGCCAAGCCGUCCAGGAUUAUGACCCGCGCUAGAACACAGGCCAGUAGCCUACUAGCUGAGAAUGCUCGAGCUACUGCUACCACCGUCGCUUCGAGAGCGAAAACAGUCGAGACUGGGGGCGAAAAAACAUCAGUGAAGAGGAAGCGAGAGAUUUUGGGAGAGGUCACGGAGUCAAACAGUGGGAAACCCAAGGCAUCGGCAAAGGGCAAAGAAAAAGCCACCAGUGGAGACAAGGCUGGUCCUACUGCUACAGCUAGCAAGUCGAGACUUACUAGCAAAACUGUUCGUGCUCCUCUGCGUGAUGUUGGUGGAACAGCAAGUAUACAAAAGCCGCUCCGGUCUAAACCUGUCGCCGGCGACAGACAGAUCCUGGGGAUUAUUAAGGAAGAUGACGAUAGGGACGAGGUCAUGAUUGACGAAACUCGAGCUCCAGCACCUUUACAUGCCACCCAACCAGCCAUUUUCAAGCUCGUACCACAAACUUCCGCCCACAAGGACCUACUUCCUCGUGCUCCUGCGUCUCUGAGAGAUGAUGUAGACCGAGAACCUGUUUUCAAGAAGCGCAUAACUGAAGAUAGAGAAGAUCGACAACCUGUUGCUCGUGUGACCCCUAGGCUACCGACCACUCUUGAUGAUUCUCAGCUGGAUGAAGAUAGAAUAGCCACCGAACUUGCUGAUGUUCACGAAGACGAAGACGGCGCUGGUCUCUGGGAUGAUCUUGAUGCAGAUGACGCAGAAGAUCCAUUUAUGGCCCCAGAAUAUGUACACGAAAUUAUGGAAUACAUGAAGGAGCUCGAGAUAAGAACAGCGCCCACACCAGACUACAUGGACUACCACUCUGAACUGGACUGGGAGAAGCGUUUUAUCCUGAUCGAGUGGAUUUUGUCUAUUCAUUCCCGAUACAACUUCCUUGCAGAGUCCUUCUUCUUGUUUGUCAACGUUAUGGACCGCUUCCUAUCUCUCCGGCCAACAGUAGCACUCUCAAAGCUUCAGCUGGUAGGAGUAUCCUGUUUCUGUGCCGCUGUCAAGUUUGAAGAAGGUGUCGCGCCUUCGACGGAAGAACUGGUGCUCCUCACCGGAGAGAUUUAUAGUGCCGACGAAAUAUGCAAGGCAGAGCGGUAUGUCCUCAAGACAAUCGACUGGGACUUGAGUUUCCCUGGUCCUAUGUCGUGGUUGCGACGAGGUAGCAAAGCUGACGAUCUCGAUCCCGUUGCGAGAACGUUUGCAAAAUAUUUACUGGAACUUGCCUGCUUCGCGCCCGAGCUGGUCGCGACGCCGUCAUCCCUUGUUGCUGCUACGUCUCUUUGGCUUGCGCGCCUCACCUUAGGUCGUGAAGAAUGGACACACAAUCUCAUUCAUUACACCUCGUAUAAGGAACGAGAAAUCAUCCCCGUUGCAGAGGUCCUGCUCUCCUCCGUUAUUUCCCCUGUGCAGGUCGAAGUUUUAUACAAAAAGUAUGCGUCAAGGAAGUUCAUGAAGUGCAGUGUCUAUGUGCGCAAGUGGGCUUUGGCGCGAUUUGAGGCGGGAGCGGAAGUGGAUCUCAUUGCCGAACUGCCUGGAAUCAAAACGGAGAUCGUGGAAAGCCGGAACGCUAAAAUUGCAGCUGGGGAGCCGCGCCACACUUGAUUGUCUAACUCAAAUCUCAUCUGGCUCGCCUAUCGCGUCCAUAAAGCGACACCUUUUCGCUGUUUCACUUGUUGGAUCGUUGCAGAUAUCUUAUGCCGCGUAAGAUAAAAGCCAAGGAUGGACUAAUGCCUGCGACGCAUAUUUACGCAUAUCGAUCUUCUUCAAGUGGUGCUUGGUGUAUAUAUUUUAUCAU